AUGGCCCCAAAGAAAGCAGUUGAAGCCCCGACGAACAAUGUCGUUGCCUUCGGGCGCGUCAAGUCCAACCUCAAGAUGGGUUGUGUUGGCCUGCCAAACGUCGGCAAGAGUUCGCUGUUCAACCUCAUGACAGAGCAGAGCGCAGCAGCAGAAAAUUACCCAUUCUGCACCAUUGAGCCAAAUGAAGCGCGCUGCAGUGUCCCUGAUCCAAGAUAUGACUUCUUGUGCAAGGUCUGGAACCCACCGAGUAAAUACCCUGCGUAUUUGCAGGUUACCGACAUCGCGGGUCUAAUCAAGGGAGCCAGUGAGGGAGCUGGAUUGGGAAAUGCUUUCUUGAGUCAUAUCCAGGCUGUCGAUGGCAUGUACCACGUUGUUCGGGCGUUUGAUAACGAUGAGGUUCUUCAUGUGGAUGACUCCGUUGAUCCUGUCCGUGACUUGGAUACGAUCCAGAGCGAGCUGUGUAAGAAGGAUCUGGAUAUUCUCCAGAAAGCCAAGAUUGCCGAAGAGGCAAUUGUGCGCAAGGCUGGAGGCAAGUUUAAGAUGCUGCCGCUGUUCGACGAGACAACUGCGAAGAUCAAGGCGCUCUUGGAACAGGAUAAGCCCGUCAGAGAUGGAGAGUGGACAACUCCUGAAAUUGAGUUGAUCAACGAGAAGGUUUGUCCAGGAUUCCACGAUGCUCCCGAUGUCAGAGACAAUACUAACAAUACCAAGUUGCGCCUCAUCACUACCAAGCCCGUAAUCUACCUCAUCAACCUUACGAUGAAGGAUUACCUCCGCCAAAAAUGCAAAUACCUGCCCAAGAUUGCAGAGUGGGUUAAGGCCCACGGCGGCCAAGGCACAGAUAUCAUCCCCUUCUCCGUCGAGUUUGAGGAGAAGUUGUGGUCCAUGAGGGAGGACAAGGCAGCGCUAGAUGCCUUCAUGGCCGAUAUUAAGGUCCAGAGCCGCUUGGGAAAGAUCACUACCGAAGGUUUCACUAAGCUCGGACUGCAGUAUUACUUCACUGCCGGCGAGAAAGAGAUCCGCUGCUGGCCGAUCAAGCAGGGAACCCUGGCUCCCCAAGCAGCUGGUGUUAUCCACGGCGACUUUGAGCGCGGUUUCAUCAAGGCUGAAGUUGUCGCCUACCAGGAUUUCCAUGAUCUCUGCAACGGUGAGAAGUCGAUGGCACCCAUCAAGUCUGCUGGAAAGUACAGACAGGAGGGUAGCGGUCAGUCCAUGACCGUCCUCGUUCAAGCGGCAAUACAACUUCAGUACACGACUCAUGUAUCUAUCGAUCACUAUUGGUUGUCACCACGCAGCCACAUUACAUUUAGUCUUGCUCAACGCUCGUACAAUUAG